AUGUCUGCGCCGUCCACCCGCGGUCAACGCGGUGGCAGCUCGACCAAGGGCGGACGAGACAACAAAUCAUCAGCCUCCCGAGAUCGCCGUAGCACUCGAGGAGCUUCCUCAUCCGGACGAGGAAAGGGCAAAGGCGCCGCGACCGCAAACCUCUCCUCCAAUAGUGGUGAUGGGGUGUUGCAAAAGAUACGAGCAGAGACCGUCAAGAAAGGAUCUGAGAAUGGCACAACGGCGCCAGGCAGAGACCGCGAAACUUCAACCACAACGGCCUCCACUCCCAGUUCACAAGGACGAGGUCGUGGCCGUGGAAACUUGUCGCAAACAUUCAAUACGCCCAACAAUGGGAGUUCCAAGCCACCAUCACGGCCUGCCUCACCCGCGCCGACGAACCAUAAAGAUUUCAUGAACGCUGCCUUCGCACGAUUUCAAGAGGUGCGUUCCGACCUUCCCUGCGUCCGGCUGACCGCGACUCUGCCUCUCAAGACAAGACGAGACGGAGAAAGGGCCAAAGCUAUCCGAGAUGGCUUCCUUGCCGACCCAGAGAAAAAGACCAGCCUGGACAAGGCCAUUACACCAGUUGGAACCUGCACCGAAAUGUGUCCGGAAUUCGAAAGAGUGGAGCGGAUUGUUCAGAACAUGGUCGAUAAAGCAGAGAAGGUUCAUAACGACGAUACUGGAAGAGACGUGCCGUCGGAAGCACGCAUGGUCAAGCGGUUCCGUCGUUCGGCUGCUGGGUACGAUGAGCAACUGCCUUCAGAUAUACGAACGCCGGCGACGUUGAGGAGAACACUGGACUAUCUGCUGGACAAAUUGAUCGGCGGUGAUGAAAGACUUGCAACGAUCCAUAAGUUCGUCUGGGAUAGGACGCGAGGAAUUCGGAACGACUUUUCAAUACAGCAGGUGACCAACGUCGACGAUGUCAAGAUUGCGGUUGACUGUUAUGAGCGGAUUGCCAGAUUCCAUAUCCUGUCGCUGCACCAGCUGUCCAACCCGGACAAUCUUUGGGAAGGGGAGAACUUCGACGCGCACCAAGAACGAGAGCAGCUCAACAAUACCCUUCUGUCACUGCUCUACUACUACGAUGACAAUCGGCAACGCAUCGACUUUCCGAAUGAAGCCGAGUUUCGAGCGUAUUGCAUUAUCUUUGAGUUUCAGUCACAGCACCCGGACUUGGAAGAUCGCAUGCAGGCAUGGCCCUCGAGUUUGCUCAAGGACGGACGAGUACAGACGGCACUCAAACUGUACACCGCCGCCGGCAAUGCUCUUUUUGACCAAGGACCGCUCCGGCCAACCGAGCCUUUCGCCAUAGCACAAAGCAACACCGGAAGUUUUUGGAAUGUUCUCUCCUCGAAGGCUGUGCCGUACAUCAUGGCCUGCGUUGCAGAGAUCUACUUUGCUCAUGUCCGAUAUGCCGCGCUCGACGCUCUAUGGCGGUCAUGCAAAAGUGCUCCUGCUGCUCAACAGGCGCGGUCAAGAGACUGGAGUCUUAACGAGGUGACGGCCUUUCUGGGCUUUGAUACUGAAGAAGAAACAAAAGACUUCUGCGCCGCCUUCGAGCUGUAUUUCGGUACCGAUGAAAAGGGAGAAGAGUACCUGGACGCCACGGCCAAUGCUGCUCACUCUCUCGAUCAAUCAUCGAUACCCAACCUGCAAUUGUUUUCACACACUUACGUCGAGGAGAAGCGCUACCACCGAACAAUUACCUCAGUCAUCAACGGGGCGACCGUAGCUGAAGCCAUUCGAAAUGGCUGGAUUGAGCCCGAGGAAGAACAAGAGACCGCUGAAGAAGAAUCGAGAGAUGAUGAUCAGAGCAUGUUCGUCCCCGAGGAUAAACCAACAGCUUCGCCAGCUUCGUCCGUCUUCGGCUCUUCACUCAACGCAGCGGCUUCUGCUUUUACACCCAAUUUCGCUCAGAGUCCUCCCAUUACUAAACCAGCAGAAGCAUCGACUUUCGGACAGCCAACGGGCUUCGGACAACCGACGAGCUUUGGCACUUCAGGUUUCGGCGGUUUUGGGUCUCCUGGCCCGUUCAGUUCAUCAGGCCCAGCUCCACCUCCAUCACUUUUUGGGAAGAAAGAAGACUCUAGUCAGCAGCAACCACAACAACAAGCACCUUUGAGCUUCGGUGGCUUCAAUCAAGGUGCAGGAAGCUUCGGACUAAACCGACCUGCCUCAAGUGAAAAGACAGAGACAGGUGGGGCUAUCAAACAGCCAGAGAAACCUGCCUCAAUCGCAUCUACCCAAGCACAACAACCUGCCUUCACAGGGUUUGGUGGUGGAAAAACGCCUUUUCUACCAGCGACAACUGCAUCAACAACGCCAACUUCCUCAUCGACACCAUCGGCAGUUCCGGCCAUUUUCGGUACCCAGCCCCAGUCGAAGUCAGCAUUGCCUGUGACGAAUCAACCAAUUGAAGGUUCGAACAAACCCAUCUCGACAACAUCACCCUUUCAGUUCCCAAGCUUUUCUCAACCUGCGCAAUCUGCCACACCCCCUGAACCUCCAGUUCAGGUGCAGAAAGUCCAAGAAUCAUCGACUCCUGCAUCUUCGCCGCCAAAGUCAACGUUCAAUUUCCAAUCACAAGCGUCUCAGCCCCCUCCGACACCUGCACAAUCACGUCAACCAUCAUCUUCAGUGCUUCCCUCAUUCACGCCUCCAUCUGCAGGAUUUCAAUCUUCACCCGCACCGGCUCCAACAAUAAUUCCACCUAAGCUAGAUCUUUUUGCGCCCAAGCCGGGCGCCGCACCUUCUGAAGCCUUCAAGUUUCCUCAAAUUCAGACGUCAGCGGCCUCCACAACAAAAGCUGACGUACCUAACGCAAAACUCACAUAUGAACCAUCCGCACAUAAGGCCCCAUCCUCCAAGCCUACGAUACCGCCUCAGUCGCUCCCACCACCACCCUCCCAGCCAGCCUUCACUCAAAAGGACCGCGAUCGACUUGCAAGUGAUCUUGCGAGAAUUGCACUUACUCGCCAAGACGGGCUCCUUCGAAAGUACAUCGAGUUCACCCUUCCUGAUCUUGUAAAAACCGCACUCAACCAACACCGACUGGAGCUGCAUGACGCAGCUGUUGCCUCAAUACGACAACGAAUCCUUGCUCGCAAAUUUGGCGCCAUUUGGCGAUCAAGAGCUUGGAGAAAUAGGUUAAACCGGCGAGCAAAGAAUCGACGACAACUCUUUGCAGACACAAUGAGGGCUGCAGGGGCCAAGAAGAAGAGAAGUGAGGAGGAGCUUGAAGCUAUCCUUCAGGCUGCACAGGAGACCCAGAAGCUACAAGAAGAAGUCAAAGCUGCGGCCGAGGCAAAGCAACUUAAGCAAGAGCAAGAAGCCAUCGCCAUCGGCAGGAUUGCUGGCCAGAAGAGAAAAAUACUUUCCCGGCAGACAACAGAAGACAACUCUAUCGCCACGAACGGAUCUCCACGAUCUGUCGGACACAAGAGAUCCAAGACAACGAGCACUUCCUCCGAGCUGUCCAUUUCAUCUAGAGGCGGAAAACCGCCGGUCCCGAACUUCAGGGAGUCAACCACACGACCACAACACGUCUCAAUAUUUGCAGGACAUUCCCUGCUGGGUCGAUCUACCAGCAAUCAGGAUUUGAGACAAUCUGCCUUUGGACAGAAGGUCGAUAAUACCCACACAGACUACUUUAGACUCAAAGCCCUGGGAGUUGAUCCCGAGACUCCAAUUGUUCCGUACACCAAAGAAACCUUGGCCCUUCGCAAGAAGAGAGAGGAACAAGAGAGGCAAGAGGUCUUGGCUAGGGCAAGGAGACGACCAGCUACUUCAGCCCAGUCUUCUCCCCCUGCACCUGCCGUGGUACAUGCAAAAGAGGCUCCUGCCGAGACGAAAGUGCCAGUCAAAAACAUGCCUAAAGUCAACACCAAACCUGCAGUGGAAGACGAUAUCCUCAAACAACUUCGAGAAGCUCGUGAAGCAUUACAAGAACAAUCAGAGUGGUUCAAGCAGCAAACGGUCGAACUCGAGAAAGAGAUUGGGCAGGAAGAGGAAUUUAGAAAGAGUCAAAGUAGCCGUCGAAACAGCGUCAACCUUUCCUCAAGCGGCUUCGCAAGAGCCAACGGAUACGAGUAUUUACCUGGCGAGACGAAAGCCGGUCACGAUCUAUCACGCACUGAAAGACGAAUCCGGCAAACUGGCGCUCACGGGCUUGCCACCAAACCACUACGACCUAGCUCUGAGUAUGUUCCUGUGGCGAUGUCGAAAAGAAGUGCGAUGAUGUAUACUGGUGCAAGUCAAUCCAGUAGCCCUGUGAGAAAGCGAUCAUACGACGACGAUAUAGAUCCAGCAUUGGAGUCGGCCACCGGUUUCGCGCAUUCCUCAAAACGAGCGCGAGCAGUCUCGAAUCGAGCAGGGUUUGCUGGUGUGGAUGCACAGGCCAUGUCUCGUAAUGUCGCCAAGAAUCCUUAUGAGCUUUUGCAGGGUGUUUCUCAAGAUGACGAAGAAGGAGAUGAUCUCAAUGAGGACGAGGAAGAUACUGAAGAGCUUUAUGAUGAGGAACAGCCUGCUGGACAGUAUCCUAUGUAUCCUGAACUCAAUGGCGACGUCGACUAUGGGGAGGAAGACGAAGAAGAGGAAAUCGAAAAUGAAGCUGAAGGGGAAUAUGAUGAAGAGGAAGAUGAAGGAGAAGAAGGGUAUGAUGAUGAAGAGGAUGAGGGCCAGGAUACGGAGGAGUACGAGUACGAUGCGGGAUAUCCUCAGGCUCAAGACGGUGAUACGCCAUUGACAAAUCCUCAGCUCAGUCGAGCUGCUAGUAGCGCUCCUGGCGGGAGCUUGGACGACGCAUUGGUGUUGAGUGAUAGUGAUUGAGCGCCACGACAUGGUUUGAGACAUCAGACAAGGCUACUAAGCUUAACACAUUGCAGCGAACUGUCGAGGUUGUGUCGAAAUGUUCGGUUCAGUGUGAACACGAACCUAGAUCUUCCGCAUGUAAUGAUCUUGCAAUACGAUUCGUACGAGAGAGCGUCAAAUCUUCGGUUGCUGAUUGAUAUACGUUGGGACCCUCCCCA